AAUAGCCCCGCCCCCGGCCGCCGCCCGCCCCGCCUCCCGCCGCUAGCCGUCGUCCCGCGGCCGCCUGGCAGUCCGGUGUAUGUGCGGCAACAACAUGUCGGCGCCGCUCCCCGCCAUCAUCCCGGCCGCCAGGAAGGCGACGGCCGCCGUGAUUUUUCUUCACGGAUUGGGAGAUACCGGGCAUGGAUGGUCAGAAGCACUUGCUGGUAUCAAAAGCCCCCAUGUAAAAUACAUUUGCCCACACGCGCCAGUUAUGCCAGUUACUUUAAACAUGAACAUGGCUAUGCCAUCAUGGUUUGAUAUCAUUGGACUUUCUCCAGAUUCGCAGGAAGAUGAAGUUGGGAUCAAGCAGGCAGCAGAGAAUGUUAAAGCACUGAUAGAUCAAGAAGUAAAAAAUGGAAUUCCUUCCAAUCGAAUUAUUCUGGGAGGCUUUUCUCAGGGUGGUGCUUUAUCAUUAUAUACAGCUCUUACAACGCAUCAAAAGUUAGCAGGUGUUGUAGCCCUCAGCUGUUGGCUUCCUCUACGGACUUCUUUUGUUCAGGGUGCUGUCGGUGUCAACAAGGAGAUUCCUGUUCUUCAGUGCCAUGGGGACUGUGACCCACUCGUUCCUUUAAUGUUUGGUUCUCUUACUGUUGAAAAGCUAAAGAGUAUGAUAAAUCCAGCCAAUAUAACCUUCAGAACUUACUCUGGCAUGAUGCAUAGCUCAUGUAUUGAGGAGAUGAUGGAUAUAAAACAAUUCAUAGACAAACAUCUACCUCCCGUUGACUGAAAUGAUAUGUGAGAAGCCUUCUACAUGAACACCAGCAUCAACCGUGGUAGAAUUAAUCUUUUCACAUGCCUGAUAGGAAUUGUUACUUCUGUACCUGCAGUGUUACUACUGUGUUGCAAAUUUAUACUUAGGACAAGGAGUAAAUUAUACACAUAUAUGAGAAAUGAUGAUCUUUUUAGCAUUGAUCAUCCACUGAUGGAAUUGAAAAAUGAUGCAGCUAGGUAGCAAUGAUAGGAUGUAACCUGAAUGUAACUAUUUAAAGACUUUUAAUUGCAGAAUUUUAAACUAUUUGUACAAUCAAAGACAAAACUUAUGUGAGCAACAUAAAUGUGACCGGUUUAGUAUACUUGAGACAUGAUUUGCUCUUAGUACUCACUGAAAAUAAAUUAAAACAUUUUGUUUAUGUAAUGGAUGUAUAAAGUACACAACGUGUAAGAAAGUGAGCAUAUGAUUGUAGAAUAAAUGUUAACUGAGGACAAAGCUUUAAAUGUUAAGCAUUAAUUGUUGCUCCAAAUAGGAAGGGCUGUUCUUCUAGAAUGAAUAUUAUAGUCAGUAGAAAUACUUCCUGUAUUUAAAACACCUUGAUUUUAACUGUUUUCAUACAGGUAGGUACUGCGGAAAUUAUAAAGGGACUCAUUCCUCCUUAGACCAUCGUUUGUUGCUGUCCUGCUGCCAUUUGUUUUAGAUUACUAUAAAUUUACAUCAAAUUCUGACUCAAACAGAGUCCUGAAGAAGUGUGUAGGAAUAAUUUGUUUUGUUUAAAAUUCCUAUUUUCAUAUUGAAUAUUCUUCUUGCACUUCAGAAUUGUAGCUUUCAUUUAUGUAGAAAUGUUGAUGAUGUAUUUUACAUGAGCUAUUCCAGCAUAUAGUUUUGACUUUUCUGUCUGCUUUGGAGCAACUAAAUGAAAACAGUGCAGCUGUGUAGUUUUUAGUAUUGUGUAUUGUUGAAGCCUCAUCUGUAACGUGUUCUUACUGUCUACUACUUUCUUUACUUUAUAUUGACACUUGAGAUUUUUCGGGAAAAGAACACAAUUUUAUUUUCAAUUAUAUGAUUUUACUUUUCCCUAGAUUGUUGCAGCCUAAAAAUAUGGUGACCUACUAUUGGGGGAAAAAGAAUCUUCAAGAUACAAAAUGUCUCUUCUUUCAGAAGCUUACAAUUCUAGAGUGCACUGGAUUACAGGAAUCAAUGCAUGCUCAACAGCUUUCUUUUUUUUUUUUCUUUUGUAAUUUACUUUCUGAAAUAGCUGUUUUUUAGACUUUAUCGGCCAUCACCACAUGAGGAACGUUUAAAAAAUACGCUAUGGUUUUUACUGCAUAAUAUGCUGCGUAACAUUGUUCUAUACUAAAAUAUGUUUGCAAGCAAAGAAUGUUCCUGUCUUGGAUGCAUCUGUGAUGAUCUGUUUUGUCAGCAUUGUGAUUCAUACCGACAUAAAAGGUACUUACUCCUCAGCCAGAUUAAUCAGUGGUCCUCUUACAGUACAUUUGGAUUUAUAUCAGAGGCAUCUGCCAGUACAAAUGUAUAAAUCAGGAACCACCGUCUUCAAUAUAGCUGCUGCCAGAAAUCUGACACGUUCACCUUGUCUGAGUUCUCAGGUUUUAGUGCUUUUCUUCGUAUCUAUUGCACUUCAUUUUUAGGAGGCCAAUUUUCUUUUCAAAUCCAUUCUCUCUGGAUUAUUAAAUAUAUCUUAAGAUUUAAAAUUUAAAAAAAAUAUUUAUUUUCUAAAUGGUGUUGAGACAAUUCUAGAAAUUCUGUCUCUGGCUGAGAAGAGUAUUAACUUCAAAGUUUAAUUAGUCUUUUUACUUGGUCACUCUGUUCUAUGUAUUUGCUAAUUUGUCUUUCAGCUAAUUUCUUUCACAGAAGGAACCGUAAUCUUAUUGCAGUUGUGCCAAUGUUCUGUUGAGAAAAUAGUAUUUUCUAGCUUGGAGUCAUUCCCAAAUUGCAUUAGCUAAUUUUGCAGUCCUGCUGAAUUGCGAACUUGGUAACCAAGCGAUAUAUUUCCCCUACUUUUCAGAUUGAUUCUCAUUCCUCUAUGUCUAAAUUAUGCCCUGAAUAUUGGCAUGUUUCCAUAGUUCUACAUGAGCUUCUGAUUUUGUCUUAACUGUUUUCUUGUCCUGUUUGUAAGUUGUUCAGUAACCCUGUUCAGCUGCUCUUGUUCAUCUUCUAAUUGACUGUCUACUUGUUGGACGUAUUUUUUUCUUCUGCUGGGAUAAUUUAAAGAAAUAUUUGUAAAAUGCUAAAGUGAAAUCACUCUUAGCUUUAUUCUGUUUUAUCUUAACACUUUUCUCAAUCUGAGGCUCUGUGUUCAUAGGUUGCAGUCAGUUUCUAGUACUUCUGCAUUUUCAGCUGUCAGCUUCAACUCUUUUCUCCGUGAUGCUUUCAAAUGUUCUUCUAUAACUUCUUUUUAUGGUAAUUGCAUUCAAAUACCCAGCUAUCAUAACAAGAUUUUUGUUAUACUGUUGUUUUGCUGCUUACUUAAACCACAAAGAGCUGUGUUGCCAAAGUGAAUGUAAGUGAAUGUCAUGACUUAUUAGAAUUUCUGUCCUCUAAGAAGAGUCCUUCCUCACUUUUAUGUUGCAGGGGAAGAUGAGUAUGUUGUAGUUAGAAAUUCCUAAAUAGUUCAGAAGCUAGAGAAAACUUAGUGGAUGUAUUUGAACUCCUUCUCUUCUCCUGUCUCUUCCCAUAGUACAGUGCCUGAGCUCCUGGCUUUUUUUUUUUUUAAACUUCCCAGCUACUUGGAAAGCUGUGUGUGAUCUUGUACCUGAAGUUAUUCACUGCCUGAUGUGAUUUGAUGUUAGGAUUGUUGUCACAACUGGUGUGUAUGUUUAGGCUUAAAGACAUCUUGGCCCAAUGUGUUUAUUUCUACAAUUUCCUAUUAAAAUGCACAUGAUGGGCUGUCAGUGUUCCAAGUAUGAAGAUCCUAUUCUCAAUUUAAAUUCUACAAUUUAAAAAUGGCCAAUAAUUAAUUUUAUUUUUGCAGUAUUAAACUUCCCCUAAAGGGUAUGAUGUCUAUCAAACUUGUUAAAGCAUUGAUAUGAAAGUGUCAGUUUUUUAGGGGAUUUCUAUCUCCCUACAACAUUUUAAUUUCAGCUGGUACGUACAUUCAGCUGCAGUUUUGUGCAGUCAGAAGUCUGAUUUCUUGUUAGAAUAUGUUGCUCAUUUUUUAAAUGCAUCGAGUUAUGUAUUAUCAGCCAAGUCUUUCUUCUUGAAGUGAAACUGUGGUCAGGGCUGUAUGCACUGGUCUCUUCUUCCUGCCUUGUGUGAUUACAACACAGUAGAUUGGUUAAAAAAAAAAAAAGUACUGUAUACUGUAACUGAUAAUAGAAUUGUUAAUUGAAACAUGUUCUCUCUGAUGGGGUACACUGAACUUCAUUGAAGUUAUUAGGAUGCAUCUUUUAUGUAGGGGUGCUAUUUAUGUUAACAGAUGUGACUAAGAACAAACUUGAAGAUGUUAAUGAAGCCAUAUGUGCAAGGCCUGCGUAUCUUAAGUUUUUAUAAAGAAAUACUGAAUGCUUGCUCUUUAUGUUAUGAAGUAUAAGCCAUUUAAACACUGAAGAUGUAAUUUAGUUAGUUUGCUCAUUUAUGACAAGGAAUCUUGACUUGGAAAAUUACUUCUUUAGUAGGGAAAAUGUUAAAUCUUCCAGUUGUUAUCAUUUGUGGAAUAAAUAUCAGUCGGUGUUUGGGCGAGUGCUCACAACUUUUUCCAUGCGUAGCAUACCUGAAAUAAGUUGAGCUUUCAUGUGCUAUCAGACAGCCACUUCAGAGGCCUCUUGCAGAUGUACUGCAUAGUAGUGUGUGAGUGAUUCUAUAAUACAAAAGCAUGAUGAUUUGUAGUUAUCAAAAGCAAAAAGAAUACUAGUUUAUGAUUUGCUACCUUGUUGAGAAAAUGUGAUUGUGAGAGAAUGAUUUUAUCUUUCAUAUUCUAGGUUAACUUUUAUUUAGCUUGCCAAAACGUAUCUUUUUUUAGUACUCUUACUGUAGGAUACUAAAUAGCAAAAUCUUGUCACUGUGUACUGUUAGACCCUUCUGUGAGGGUUCUGUAGUGUCAGGGAAGCCUUUGAAGUUAUGUUAGGUUUAGCGUACAUAAUACUUAGUAUCUUUGUUGAGGAAGCAGGUUUGUGGUUGGAGUUGGGGUUAUACGUUCUUCAGGUUAACUAAUAUUUGAAGCCAAUUGGUGGUAUAUGCAGUAUGAGGCAAUCUCAACAGAAAACAUGGAGAUCACCUGGGAAGAAAUGCUGUGCAGUGUUUGUCUGAAGAAACUUGAGAGGAAGUAGGGCCUUCAUGUGGUAAAAGUAGACCUUCACCUGCCAACAGUUUAAUUAAACUAAAAGUCUGCUUGGCUGCAUAGGCUGAUGUCUAGAAGGUAGUGGAGUAUGUUUAUGAGGCUAAUAAAUGUAUGCAAAUGCAUAUUAGAUGCAGUGCUAUAUGUGGAUAUACAAUGGCAACGUGAGAAUAUAGCUAGUAACAAUAAAGAUGCAACAAUAUACAAAGUAAUUUGUCAGUUCAUAUUUAUGGAAAACUUUUGGAAUAGUUUUCAAUGUCCAUUUAUUUUAGCCUUGGCAUCCUUUUCUGUAGUUAAGUAAUCAUGAGGGAAAAAAAGUUGCCUAGAAUUAGCAUAAUAGUAAAAAACAAAAACAAAACAAAAAAAAAACUUUGUAAUUGGAAGCUGAGAGGAGUGGCUGACACCAGAAGGCUGCACUGCCAUUCAGUGACACCUGGACAGGCUGGAGAGUUGGGCAGAGAGGAACCUAUUAGGUUCAACAAGAGCAAGUGUAGAGUCUUGCACCUGGGGAGGAAUAGCCACAUGCAUCAGUACAGGUUAGGGGCUGACCUGCUGGAGGGGAGCUCUGAGAAAGACCUGGGUGUUCUGGUGGACAACAGGUUGACCACGUUUAUAAGUAAUCAAAAGGGUGGGUGUCAAGAGAAUGGGGCCAGGCUCUUUUCAGUGCUGCCCAGCACCAGGACAAGAGGAAAUGGGCACAAACUGGAAUACAGGAAGUUUCAUGUGAACGUGAGAAAGCACUUAUUUACUGGGAGGGUGACGGAGCACUCUGGAACAGGCUGCCCAGAGAGGUUGCGGGGUCUGCCUCUCUGGAGAUACUCAGAAUCCGCUUGGAUGCUUUCCUGUUCAACCUACUGUAGGGAACCUGCUUUAGCAAGGACGUUGGACUAGAUGGUCUCCAGAGGUCUCUUCUAACCCCUACAAUUCUGUGUAAUACUGUACUAAACUUAAUCCAAUACGGUAUGAGACCACUGGUGUGGUAAAUGAAGAAGGUGACAGUGUUUUCAGAACGUCAACACAUUAGUUUGCGAAUGGGAUUCUCUGAAGAAGAAGAAUACGUGUAGAAGAAAAGAUUUCUUUUUUGUUUGUUUGCCACGCUCAUGUUACCGCCAUUUGCCUUUGGGACAACAGGUUUUAUUAAUUCUCUUUGAGUGAAAUGUGCCUUUGAUGUUACUCAUUAAAACUGAUUUAAUUGAA